UACUUCCAACCCAAAGACGCCAUUUUGCAGGAAAGUUUGGAAUUUUCUAUCAUACUGUAGGGAGAAAGGAGGAGGGGUACUGAAAUAAGUUUAUUACGAAGGUUUACGUUUAUAUUUUGAGGUGAAAAGAGCACGAGGAGUAAAUUCCUGGAUUAGAAGAAGUAGUGGCAUUGGCACGGGACGAGUUCAUUGCUGCCACUGAACUACAUUUGCGGUUUUUGAGUUUUUUUUCCAGCCACCCUUGCUGCAACCCUUAAAUUUUCUUAGUUGCGUGGACACCUGGGCAUGCACGGAUUGGCGAUCUUUGCAGACGACUGAAAAGGAAUUUUUGUGCUUUGUAUGGAUUUUUACGAGCAGUCGGACCUAGUUAGUAAAAGACCGACUAUAUCAUAUGUGGUGUCGUGGCGUCCCCUCUUUGCCGCUGUCAGGUUCAAGAAGUGCAGCUGUCAGCUAGCUGGUACUCGGUAGUUGCAUUUUUUGCAGGGACCUCCUGUCCGCCUACAUUUAAACGGUAACGUUACUGUAGCUACCUCUUUUAGAAACACAGUGACGUGUUCUUUCCAGUUAGUUUUGGGAAUUUUACAUACGGAACUUGCAGUUUCAUUGUGGAGCGAUUUUGUUGCCCCUUGGCACUGAUAUUGGACACCAGCAGAGUGAAAGUGUUCCAGUCGCGUGCUCUUAACACAUUUAGUAUCUGCGACUGGCGGGUUAGCGACCUAGCUAUAUCACAUUGGCUCGAGCCAGCCUAAUCAUGCCAGUACGAAAGAAAGAUGCACAGCGAGCCCUGUCACUCUUGGAAGAAUAUCGGACAAAGCUUAAUCAUACGGAGGACCGACAAUUGAGACACUCAAUUCAGAGGGUUAUUGACAUCUUUCAGAGUAAUCUUUUCCAGGCACUCAUAGAUAUCCAGGAAUUUUACGAAGUGACCUUAUUGGACAGUCAGAAAUUUGUGGAGUCACCAAAGGCUGUGGAACCUAUGCCGCCAGUCAACCUAUGGGACUUCUCCAGCCUCCAAAGCACAACGGUGACGUCCGACACCCUGCCCAGCCUUAGCACCAGCAUAGAGGACUCUCCCCUUCUAAAUGAAAUACUCCACACGCUGGCACAGGCAAAAGCCUCGCCCUGUGAGGUCGAACAGAAGUACAAGCACCACGAUGAGGACACGUCCCCCCAGGAGCAGAGCUCCCCCCAGCUCACAGACGAGAGUCCUGGCCCCGAGCUGGUCCAGGUGGCGGAGAAGAACAUCUCCCAGAUCGAGAACGUCCACGGCUACGUGGCACAUGCGCACAUCUCGCCCAUGAAGGUAGCGUCUCUGGAAUGCAUCUUUGACGGGUCGUCUGCUCUAGGACAGCUGGAAGUCCCUCCCCUCACGCCCACAUCCCCGUACCCUCCAAGCGAGGACAGCCCCCUCCCUUCGUGCUCCUCUACCCCCUACCCCCAAAGCCAGGGCCUGUUUCAGCAGACAGAUGCCGCCCCGCCUUCCUCUCCCAUAAUCCCUGUGAUCCCAAUCUCAGCUGAGACUGCUGUCAUCCCUCCGACGUCACAGGCGAACCCUCCCCCUGUAGUGGUCAAUACAGACAGUCUGGACACGCCUCCAUAUGUUAACGGAACCGAAGCAGAUUAUGAAUAUGAGGAGAUUACGCUUGAACGGGGAAAUUCGGGUCUGGGUUUCAGUAUCGCAGGGGGCACAGAUAACCCACACAUCGGAGAAGACCCGAGUAUCUUCAUCACAAAGGUUAUCCCUGGGGGUGCAGCAGCCCAGGAUGGACGUCUUCGUGUCAACGAUGUGAUCCUGAGAGUCAACGAGGCGGAUGUCCGGGACGUGACCCACAGUCGGGCUGUGGAAGCACUGAAGGAGGCGGGCUCGCUUGUACGCCUCUACGUGCGCCGGAGGAAGGCCGUCUCUGAGAAGCUGAUGGAGAUCAAGCUGGUGAAAGGGCCUAAAGGUCUUGGUUUCAGUAUAGCAGGGGGUGUGGGGAACCAGCACAUCCCAGGGGAUAACAGCAUCUACGUCACCAAGAUCAUCGAAGGAGGAGCUGCACACAAAGACGGAAGAUUACAGAUAGGAGACAAACUUCUGGCUGUGAACAGUGCUUGCCUUGAAGAGGUGAGCCAUGAACACGCCGUGACUGCCUUGAAAAACACCCCCGACGUGGUCUACUUGAAAGUGGCAAAACCCAACAGUGUCUUCAUGAAUGACAGCUUUGCUCCGCCUGACAUCACCAACUCCUACUCCCAACACAUGGAGAACCAUAUCAGCCCUCCCAGCUUCCUGGGACAGCCCCUCCCAUCUGCCCCCUCGGGACGCUACUCACCCACCCCCAAGAGCAUGCUGGGAGAGGAUGAUGUCACCAGAGAACCUAGAAAGGUGGUGCUCCACAGAGGAGCUACGGGGCUGGGCUUCAACAUAGUGGGCGGGGAAGAUGGAGAGGGCAUCUUCAUCUCCUUCAUCCUGGCAGGAGGCCCUGCAGACCUGUGUGGGGAGCUGAGGAAAGGAGACCGCCUUGUCUCUGUGAAUGGUGUGGACCUCCGCAGUGCCACACAUGAACAGGCGGCGGCGGCCCUCAAGAAUGCUGGUCAAACUGUCACCAUCGUGGCCCACUACAGGCCAGAGGAGUACAGUCGGUUUGAGGCGAAGAUUCACGACCUGCGGGAACAGAUGAUGAACAGCAGCAUCAGCUCUGGGUCGGGCUCCCUGCGGACCAGUCAGAAGCGAUCACUCUACGUUAGAGCCCUGUUUGACUAUGACAAAACCAAGGACUCGGGCCUUCCGAGCCAGGGCCUCAACUUCAAGUUUGGCGACAUCCUUCAUGUGGUGAACGCCUCAGAUGACGAGUGGUGGCAGGCCCGCCAGGUGACCCCUGAAGGCGAGGUGGAGGAAGUUGGUGUCAUCCCCAGCAAGAGACGGGUGGAAAAGAAGGAGCGGGCGAGGUUAAAGACGGUCAAGUUUAACUCCAAGUCUCAGAGAGACAGAGGGCAGUCACUCAAUGACAAGCGUAAAAAGAACCUCUUUUCCCGAAAGUUCCUUUUCUACAAGAACAAGGAUGCGAGCGAGCAGGAAACGAGUGAUGUUGAGCAACAUGUGACUUCUAAUGCCAGCGAUAGUGAAAGUAGUUACCGUGGUCAAGAAGAAUAUGUGCUGUCCUACGAGCCAGUCAGCCAACAGGAAGUGAACUACACCCGGCCAGUUAUAAUCCUGGGUCCCAUGAAAGAUCGGAUAAAUGAUGACCUGAUAUCGGAGUUCCCAGACAAAUUUGGUUCUUGUGUUCCUCACACGACCCGGCCCAAGCGGGACUACGAGGUGGAUGCCAGAGACUACCACUUUGUGGUCUCCAGAGAGCAGAUGGAGAAGGACAUCCAGGACCAUAAGUUCAUUGAGGCGGGCCAGUACAACAACCACCUGUACGGCACCAGUGUGCAGUCCGUACGUGAGGUGGCAGAGAAGGGCAAACACUGCAUCCUGGACGUGUCGGGCAACGCCAUCAAGAGACUCCAGCUGGCACAGCUCCACCCCAUCGCUGUCUUCAUCAAACCCAAAUCAGUGGAGAACAUCAUGGAAAUGAACAAGAGACUGACAGAGGAGCAGGGAAGGAAGACCUUUGACAGAGCCACCAAGCUGGAGCAGGAGUUCACUGAGCAUUUUACAGCUAUUGUUCAAGGAGACACUUUGGAGGAGAUCUACGAUCAAGUCAAACAGAUCAUAGAGGAACAAUCUGGCCCGUUCAUAUGGGUACUAUCCAAGGAGAAGUUAUGAAAGGUCACGCUUUCUACUCCGCCAUCGUCCUCUCUGUAUUUAUAUUUUUUAUUUUUUUUACCAAACUGGUCUGCUGUAACUACCCCCACAACCCACCCCCUCAACCCAACUUCGCCCCAAACCCACUCCUGCCCAACCCAACUUACCCACCCCUUGUCUACCUGCUACACAGUCCCUGAUACCAUCAUUCUUUUUCCUACCUAACCCACCCAUCCCCUCUCUAUGCCAGGUUUCUCACAUUAAGGUCGAAGUUUGUCAGACCUUAUUGGCCAACCAUAAAACGUUGGACCAUGUAAUACGAAGUCUUGAGUCCCCAUUGGGGUCACCCCCGAGAAGUGACACCCAGUGAACGAGACCAGCAGCGCAAAGCACACAGGGUGUAGGAUUUUAAAAACGGUACAGUUCCUUAAUGUUUAAGGGAGGUGAAACAAAUGUGUAUGUGUAAGCGGAUUGUGGGUGCGUAUGUCCUAUUUAAAAAGGUUUUUAUUUUGGGGGGGAGGGGGGGGGGGGUCGAGGACGACUGAGGGGAUUUCCGUCUCAGGCUUUCAGGCGUCAAAAGUAUAGUGGAAACACAGAGCAAAACUUUGCACGAUAUAGCUUUAACAGCAUGUCUUUUAGUAUAUUUUCUCCCCUCCACCCCUUAUCAUCCUGUACCUUCAGCAUACACAGUAUAUCAUAAAAUUAUUAUUUUCCUUUUUUAACACAUAGUUGUAUUCACUUUUUCUCUCCUUACCAGUGUGUCCAUGAUAGAAAAGCCAUUGUACUUUGCAUCUUUGAGUGACACAGAUAUGCAUUUUGUGUGUGACAGGAUAGAACAAAAGUCUUUAACUCAAGUCCUGGAGAUGGGUUUGUGGAAGUGUGUUCUGGGUUUUACAAAGUGGAGUGAACGAGAGGAUGGUAACUGGCUUGUACUGUUCAGAUUCAAUAGUGAAUUAAUUGCAGAUUUAUUUUUUAACUAAUCUGGCCAGUGGGUUUCUGGACUAAUGGACAUUUGCAAGGCUUUGUUACAAAAAACUCAAUGCUGAUCAAAGGACGACACAAAAACGCACCGCUUCAGAGCUUGAGUUUAAGAUCGCUAUAAGAAUGAUGUAACGUUUUUUUAAGCAGUUAUCAGUGUCUUACUGUUCAAUGACCUAUCUUUGAUCAUUUGAGUUAUUUUUUUAAGAGUCCUUUACAAAUGCGGAAAAGGAACUGCCAUUGUAGGUGUCCGUAGAUCUGUCAGCAAAAUGCAGAUGCAACAAUUGAAGAAUUUAUUGUACAAUGAGAUUUUAACAGAUAUUUAACCCUCCGUAAACUGCCUAUUUUGUUAUAAUAAAAGUCUAUAUUGAACUUUA